AUGAACCUCAAGAUGAACCUCAAGAUGAACCUCAACGGCGCUCAACUAGAGGCACCAACCCAAUGCCCUCAUUGCGGUCACGUCAACAGAACGGAUGCGACGAUGUGCAAGGGUCCCAAGAAAAACAAAGUCUGUCUCUGGAUCGUUCCUAUAAUCCAACCCCAAGACCCGGAGCCUGAAUCCCUCGAAAACGAUGAACCGGCGACUGAAUAG